CGAUACACGAGCAGCACUACCGUACCAUAUUUUCUGGAACUGUCAUUCCAGUUGACGUCUUUUAUUUCGCAAACAAAAAUUUCCACGACGAAAACCACUGAAUUGUCGAAGCCGCCGCGGCAACGUAGCGUCGAUCGUGAUGUGAGGGCUCGAGUUGAGCGAGCGCCUAUGUCCGACUCGCAAUUGCCAGGCCAAGAGGCCAUGACUGAUCAACGCAGACCAUUUUUCUACCCUGACAGCAGUAGCGACACCGAAGAGUAUAGGAGAGACGAGGACCGUCGCAAGCGUUUGUCUAAGCGGAACGGCCCUAACAUCCGCGGGAGACUGCCGAAUAUGCCUCCCAAGAACCAGAUUCCUAGCGCGCCUACUCCUUCGACUUCGUCUGCUCAGGACCCUCCAAGGAACGGACAGAAGUCGCAAAUCCAGCUGUGUGACGAUAGAAUUACCCUGGUGGUGGACAACACCAGGUUUGUGGUGGAUCCUGCACAGUUCACUGCCCAUCCUAAUACCAUGUUGGGCAGAAUGUUUAGUUCUGGUCUGGACUUCACUCACACCAACGAGCGUGGCGAGUACGAAGUCGCCGAGGGCAUCUCAGCGACAGUCUUCCGAGCCAUCCUGGAGUACUACAGAGGAGGCACCAUCCGCUGCCCGCCCACCGUGUCUGUUCAAGAGCUCAGGGAAGCCUGCGACUAUCUGCUGGUGCCGUUUGACGCGAAUACUGUUCGGUGCCAGAACCUCCGCGGCCUCCUCCACGAGUUAUCCAACGAAGGUGCCCGCCGCCAAUUCGAAUCGUUCCUCGAGCGUCUGAUCCUACCCCUGAUGGUGGAGUCGGCCGAGCGCGGCGACCGCGAGUGCCACGUGGUGGUGCUGCUCGACGACGACUCGGUGGAGUGGGACGAGGAGUACCCGCCGCAGAUGGGCGACGAGUACAGCCAGACCGUGCUGUCCACGCCGCUGUAUAGGUUCUUCAAAUACAUUGAAAAUAGAGACGUGGCAAAGCAAGUGAUGAAAGAGCGCGGGCUGAAGAAGAUACGUCUUGGAGUGGAAGGCUAUCCUACUUAUAAGGAGAAAGUGCGCAAGCGGCCUGGCGGACGCGCGGAGGUAAUAUUGUUUUAA